AUGACCCAGGACGUCCCUUGGGCAGGGACGAGGAUGUUAGCCGAGCCGAUAUCAGCCUCGGACAUCACUGCCCGGGUCGAGAAGACGACGCACCCGGAGAUGAAGAAUUCCCGGGUGGUGCCGAUGCGCCCUGAAAAGGGCUACAUUUCCCUGGGGAUGGGGGCCGUCAGGGAUUCUCUACCCCCAGUCCCUGAGGACAAGGAGAUCCGGGCCAAGAAUAGGGCCCGGAAUGAGGAGCAGAAAAAGGCGAAGGAGGACAAGAAAGCCAAGGCGGCGCGAAAAGCUGUGAGCCGGGAGAUCGCCUCCAAGAACCGCCGUGAAGCCGAGAAGGCGGGGGUCGCCCCGCCUCCGUCUCCUGAGACUUCAGUCUCGGAGAUAGAGGGUGGAGGAGAUAACGCCGACUGGCUCGACGAGCUGGCGGAGGAGGAUGACGUGAUCCCUCCUGCCGGCGGGGGAAUCGAGGCCCCGGAGGGGUCGAAGGCCCGAGGGGGGUCGGAGGCUCCCGCGGGGAUCCAGGCGCCGGAGGGCAGACAGGCCGUCCCCCACAUCAUCGUGGAUGAUGAGGACAGCGCCCCUGGUGAGGGUUCAGCCCCCGUGGGUCCUCGAGAGGGGGAGAAGGCGUCGGGGGUCGGAUCUGAGGCGCCACCUCAACCGGUAGUGCCAGAGGCUCUGGCCGAGCCCUCCCCAGCGUCCGGGGUGGGAACCGGCGCCUUGGUGGAGGCGUCGCAGGCUGAGACCACCGUGGUGUCCCCUGCGCCGUCGGCAGGCGAGGCGGGGGUCGGACCGACAGCCCCUGGCACCGCGGGAGGCCCCCAAGGAGCUCCGAGCUCCCAGAAGAAGUCUGCUCCCCGAGCGAGCCGCAAGCAAAAGGCACCUUCGGUGGCGCUGGCCCCCCUGAAGGCUGUGAAGAGGGGGGCUCAGUCGACUCCUGGGUCGGCUAGGCCUGUGUCGCCGCCGCCUCUGGGCUACGAGGAGGGAGGGCGCCACCAGGGGCAGGACACGGGGGCGCCGAAGCCCCAAGGACCGGAGGAGACGGCCCUUGCCCUCGGGGCUGCGCCUCCUCCGGAGGAUGCUGAUCUGGGAGGCGUGGUCCGACCUACGCAUACUGAGGAAGGCCGAGCCAUCGUGGCGUCCAGCGCGGCGCCCGAGGCCCCCGCGGCGGGAAGGGAGGAAGAUGCCGGAUGGGGCAAGAGCCCCGGUCUGGAAUCAUGUGGGCGUGCCAGCGUCGAGGCCAUCAACCGAGCUUCUCAGCUCGUGGCCCGGGACAUGUUUAAUUUGGCCCAGGCGCUCAAGGCAACAUCCCUGGAGAACUGUGAGGGCUACGUUCUCCCGGAUGAUGAGACUGAGGCCCAGGAGGAGGUGCAGAGGCUUGAGGACGCUGCGGCUGCCCCCGGGGAUGCCUUGGCCGCCUUCUUCGACGACAAGGUGGAGGUUCCGCCCCUUGGGGCUCAAGGACCUGGGGAGACAGGGCAGCAGGACCCUUAG